CCCCGCGCGGCCUGGAGCAGUGGAGCAUUCUGGUGAGCUCACGAUCCGCUUCGCGAGCCAAGUCAAGAAGGAUAUCGGAGAUGGAGAAUCCUGGUUUCGUUGAGUCCCUGCCCCGAACUUCCUGCACGGAUGUGGUCUCGUUUGCCGAGGACUGGGAUGACCUGUCCGAAGCUUUUUCGGGCAGUACCGCAGUAUCGAACAGUGUCGUUGUUUCUGCACAAGGCCAAACGGCAAUCGUGGGCGAUGUGACGGUGACAGACUCCACCGACGUCCACAUCGGCGCCAGGAACAUCUUCAAUGGCAAUGUGGAAGUGACGCUGAUGCUCGGGGGCCCCGACCAGCUUUCCGCGAACCCGACCGCCAUCGAGACCGUGCGCCAAGCCAUCGGCGCACCCAUAGCGCAACGGCUGCAGGAAGAGGUUGCCAGCGUCAAGGAACCACCCGUCGAAGAGGUUUCGUGGCUGUCUAGUACACUCAGAAGAGCCCCCGUGCGUUGGUCGAUAGGAGUGACUGCCGUGGCGGCGGUGGCGCUGCUGGCUGCAGUGGGAUCGCUCCUAGCUUCGCAGUCGGACCCAAACUCUUUCGCCUCGGACGAAACAACGACCGAACCCACCACGGCGACGCCAAGCCCCAGAACCAACACGCCAAACGCGCCCUUGCCGGACACAACCACCACGACGGCACCACUGGUGCAGUGCGGGGUCAGAGACUGGCGCUGCGCGAACGGGCUUUGCGUCAACGCGGGGCAGCGCUGCGACGGCCAAGCCGACUGUGCCGACGGCAGCGACGAAGACUCGGAGGUGUGCGACCACAUGCCGUCCACGCCCCUCGCCGUCGGCAAGUACGUGACGGUGGCCAUCAACAUCAACGUGACGGAGCACGGCUACCCCGAGUUCCACCUGUGCGGGUUGACGUGCGCGUCGAUCGAGGUGUACGGUGCCAACACGGCCGGAGACUUGUACUUCUCGUCGCACUUGUACUGCCCGCAGGGGCGCUCCUCAUGCAUACCGGACAAUGAGAUAGAGCCGGAAAACUGGCAGGCUUUCUCCUCGGGCGACUACAUGUUCGUGGCGAUGCUCACCACUUCGUACCUGACGGUGUCGCGGCAGGGCUACACGGGCAUCCCCGCGACAGUGAGCACCAACGAGGGCAUCGUGUCGCUCGGCGUCCGACCGCACUACUGGACCACCGACAUGGCCGUGGCCUUCAACUCUGUCCCCUGUGGCGGUGGAGAAGGCCAGUGUGCUUCCGGCAAGUGCUUUUGGCAUUGGGAGAAAUGCGACGGCAUCGAAAAUUGCGGCGACGGCAGCGACGAGCUGGAGGACGAAUGCUCGAGAACCCCCUCGGUGCCUCUGGACGUCGGCCAGCUCAUCACGGUCACCGUGCAGUACAACACCCAACUGUACUUGGUGGUGAACGUUCGAGGCAGCACGUGCAGCACUUUCACCGUCUGGGGCGCCAACCAGACGGGCUUUCUCUGUUACACGGCAGUCAGCGGUUGCGGGAAUUGCACGGCGCUUGCGGCGUGCGAGAAAUAUUUUCAAUUCUAUCCGGUGGACCUUAACAUCAUCCCCGACGGUGAGUUGGCGUUGGUGGUGGAGCGACGGCCGUUGGAGGUGGCCUUGUGGCGGGCGGAGUUUCCCGAGCUCGUCUACAUGCUGAACGCUCCAAAGGAAAGAGAGACCGUGCUCGAGGUGCUACCCUACAAUCGUGUUUUCGACAUGCCUGUGCAAUUCACAGGUGUCACGUGUGGAAAGAGUGAUAUGCAAUGCACCAAUGGUAGGUGCGUCCUUUCCAAGAAUAAGUGUGACGGCUACAACGACUGCGGCGACGGAAGCGAUGAGAUCGCAGAGGUGUGCGAAACAGUCCCUGCGGUCCCGCUGCCAGUGGGCUACACUGUGGCGGCCACGGUGCGCCUGCUGGAAGCACACGGCGCCCCCGUCAUCCUCGCCUGCUAUCAGUGGAUCUGCGUCCGGGUCGACUUGGGAUGCCUCAGCCCUGGCGGCGCGCUGGGGUUCUCCUCCGCCCACGGCUGCAACAUCCGUGGAGGCGGCUGCAACGGCUGGAAGAGUGGAGUUCCAGAUGACUGCCAGGAACUGACAGAAGGUGAAUACACCUUUGUGAUGGAACGGCGCUUGGUUCGGGAUCCAUUAUCUUCACGGUCCACCGAUCCGUUUCUAUUUCUAUGGCUGGAAGGCCGGCCUGACCUCUCGAUAUCCGUUUUCUUGGAAAUGGGCAAAAACGUGCUCACCUAUUCUAGCAACUCCGAGGUUCUCGCCAUGACACUCAAGGUGCGGCCAGAAUACUGGAUAAGUGACAUGGAUGUGCAGUUCAACGGUUUCCUCCGGGACUGUGCUGAAUACGACGCCGACUCUGAAGGAGAUCCAGACUUGAAGGAUGCAGGCAUGGGAGAGUCUUUGCAGCUCCUUUCGUGCGAGGCGUUUCAGUUUCCUGUCUUGAAGAGCCCUUUUUCUGACGACGAAGAAGAUCCGGUCGAAGAAGUUCCUUCAGUUUCGAACAGGGAGGGACGGCGCUCCUCGGACUCCGACGUUCCUCUUGCGAUUCGCCUAAGACGCCGGCGGCAAGCUCGCCGCAAGCGAGACCGCCCGAGAUCUUCGCGAGGCAUGGCCGAAGACCACCGCUCAGCGCAGCCUGCGCCCGACUCCGAAGAGGGUGCCGAGCCCUCGCGCGCACUGUGCGGCAACUGCAAGGGUCCACUGAAAAGGGGACCUGGCCGUCCCAAGAGGAAGAGGCGUGGCAGGCCGCCGGAUGGAAAUUGCCAACUUAUCCGAUUUUGAGCUGCUGGAGGUCUUCAAGUUCUUGAGUGCCGCACAGCUUCUAGGAUGCCGGACUGUUUGCCGCAGAUGGAGGCGCCUGGCUUUGGACCCGCUUCUUUGGAAAAACAAGAAACUGUCUUCAUACGGGCA